AUGAUCCGCCACUUCAACACGACGUUCCACUACUUCAACACACUGUUCCAUCACUUCAACACGACGUUCCAUCACUUCAAUACGACGUUCCACGACUUCAGUAUAAUGUUCCAUCACUUCAACACGAUGUUCCACGACUUGAACACUCUGUUCCAUGACUUCAACAUGACGUUCCACGACUUCAACGUGACAUUCCACCUAUUAUCUUACAUGAUCUUCCGCCACUUCAACACACUGUUCCACGACUUCAACACUACGUUCCACGACUUCAACACGACGUUCCACCUCUCUAAGACGUUCUUCUGCCACUUGUUCUACUACUUCAACACGACGUUCCAUCACUUCAACCCGACCUUCCACGACUUCAACACAAUGUUCCACCUCUCUAAGACGUUCUUCCGCCACUUCAACACGACGUUCCACGACUUCAACGUGACAUUCCACCUAUUAUCUUAUAAGAUCUUCCGCCACUUCAACACACUGUUCCACGACUUCAACACUACGUUCCACGACUUCAACACGACGUUCCACCUCUCUAAGACGUUCUUCUGCCACUUGUUCUACUACUUCAACACGACGUUCCAUCACUUCAACCCGACCUUCCACGACUUCAACACAAUGUUCCACCUCUCUAAGACGUUCUUCCGCCACUUCAACACGACGUUCCACGACUUCAACGUGACAUUCCACCUAUUAUCUUAUAAGAUCUUCCGCCACUUCAACACACUGUUCCACGACUUCAACACGACCUUUUACGACUUUAACACGGCGUUCCAACCCUCUAAGACGUUCUUCUGCCACUUGUUCCACUACUUCAACACGAACCUUCCACGACUUCAACACAAUGUUCCACCUCUCUAA